CAGCAAUCAGAGUGGUUGAUUCAAGUAUUGGUAUCUUUGGAGGUAAGUUUUGUGGAGCACCUCUUCCAACUUCUCCAAAAGAAAAUUUGAUACUCUUCUCUUGACUAUUACCAUUUCUCACUCUCCAGCUUCAGCACUGAAAACAAGCAACCAUGGUAGGUGUAAGAACUCCCUACGUCUGUAUCCCGAGUUUAGUGAGCGAAACCCAAUUCUCCAAACCCAAGUUUAUGAGUUUUCAGUUUAAUCCAAUACACAGUUCGUCUUUCUCAAGAAUUCAUCUGAAGACAUCAUCAAAAUCCAAGCUUUUCACAACCAUAUCAUCAUCACCAUCCUCUGUUCCAACAGUAACACCUGAGCCAGAACUUGAAGUUGAUUCUCAAGGAGAGAAGUUUGACUGGUAUGCACAGUGGUAUCCAAUUAUGCUAGUUUGUGACUUGGACAAGAGGGUGCCGCACGCAAAAAGGGUGAUGGGUCUUGAUAUUGUGCUGUGGUGGGAUAGGAAUGAGAAUACAUGGAAAGUCUUUGGUGAUGCUUGUCCUCAUAGGCUGGCUCCGUUAUCUGAAGGAAGAAUUGAUCAAUGGGGAAGGUUGCAGUGUGUGUACCAUGGUUGGUGUUUCAAUGGUUCUGGUGACUGCAAAUUCAUCCCUCAAGCAUCACCAGAUGGUCCUCCAGUCCACACAUUCAAGAAAGCUUGUGUAGCAGUUUAUCCAAGCACAGUGCAUCAUGACAUCGUCUGGUUUUGGCCAAACUCCGAUCCUCAGUACAAAGAUAUCAUUACCAAGAAGCAGCCUCCCACCAUCCCAGAAUUGGAUGAUCCAUCUUUUAUCAAGUUAACUGGUUGUAGAGAUAUUCCUUACGGAUAUGAAAUCUUGAUUGAAAACCUGAUGGAUCCUGCUCAUGUUACCUAUGCACAUUAUGGAAUUAUCAGAACUCGACCACCGAAAGUUAAGGCUGAUAGAGAAGGGGGCUGCCCAGUUGAAUUGAGUGUCAAGAAGCUAGGCAUAGAUGGUUUCCUUGGAGAUCAGGAUCAGUAUGGUACUAAUAAAUUUAUCGCACCCUGUGUCUCUUAUGCAUACAGUAGUCCUGUGGUUGACAAAGGUGAAGGAAUUGUAUCAUCAGAUGGAACAGAAAAGCCACCUUCCAGGCAACAGAAAGCUGUCCUAGUCUUUUUUUGCAUUCCAGUUAGUCCAGGGAGAAGCAGAUUAAUAUGGGUCUUCCCACAAAACUUUGGAAUUUGGUUUUUCAAAGUUUUUCCCCGGUUCUUGACUCAUUUGGGAGUAAACAUAGUUGUGGAUUCAGAUCUGUAUCUCCUUCAUUUGGAGGAGCGCAAGAUAAUGGAUAUUGGCCUUGCAAACUGGCAAAAGGCAUGCUUUGUGCCAACAAAAUCAGAUGCCUUUGUGGUUGGUUUCCGAAGAUGGUUAAAGAAGUAUGCCGGCGGUCAAGUUGAUUGGAGAGGAAAGUACAGCGGGGCUCUUCCCCCAACUCCUCCAAGAGAAGAGCUGAUGGACAGGUACUGGUCUCAUGUUGUAAGCUGUCGCAGUUGCAGUGCUGCAUAUAAUCGUUUCAAUGCACUAGAGGUCGUUCUGCAGGUUGCUUCUCUAGCUUCAAUUGGGAUUGCUACUGCAACUAAGCAGAAUGUCAAGGUAAUGGUAGCAGUGGCAGUAUUAUGCUUUGCAGGUUCAAAAUGGUUGGCUCACUUCAUCUACAAGAACUUCCACUACCAUGACUACAAGCAUGCUUUACACUAAGGUGUAUUGGAAAUAUGGCUUGAUUCUCCUGAUCUCGUAUGUGCUCAUAAGUUGUGGCAGCUGGAUAGACUUUCUGUGAGGCAUUAGCAGUUCUGUAUGCAAGAACCCCAGCUUUCUUGUGAGGAGCAGUGUUAGUUUCUUGUGGGAAAUUGGGAUUUGGGCUUGUGAGUGACAAGUUUCUGUAAGGAUCUUAUUUGAAGUUUCUACUAUUAUUAGUGAUAAUGAAGUAAUAUGACUUAAAUUUUGUA